CUCGGCCCCGCCCCACGGCUCCGCCCCUCUCCCAACCCUGCCAGGCUCUGCAAUCGCGUGCAGAGAUCAUCGCUCUAUCCAGGCAGAUGUGUCGAUCUCCGCUCCAAUUGGAGACCAGGGCUGUACCAUGGCGGAGAAGACUCAAAAGAGUGUGAAGAUUGCUCCUGGAGCAGUUGUAUGUGUAGAAAGUGAAAUCAGAGGAGAUGUAACUAUAGGACCUAGGACAGUGGUCCACCCUAAAGCACGAAUUAUUGCGGAAGCCGGGCCAAUAGUGAUCGGUGAAGGUAAUCUAAUAGAAGAACAGGCCCUGAUCAUAAAUGCUCACCCAGACAAUAUCACCCCUGACACUGACGAUCCGGAACCCAAACCCAUGAUCAUUGGCACCAAUAAUGUGUUUGAAGUUGGCUGUUAUUCCCAAGCCAUGAAAAUGGGAGAUAAUAAUGUCAUUGAGUCGAAAGCAUAUGUAGGCAGAAAUGUAAUACUGACAAGUGGUUGCAUCAUCGGGGCUUGUUGCAGCCUAAACACUUUUGAAGUCAUCCCUGAGAAUACAGUGAUCUAUGGUGGAGACUGCCUUCGUCGGGUGCAGACUGAGCGGCCCCAGCCCCAGACACUACAGCUGGAUUUCUUGAUGAAAAUCUUGCCAAAUUACCACCACCUGAAGAAGACUACGAAAGGAAGCUCCACUCCAGUUAAGAACUGAGAGCAGCAUGUGACGUCACGAUAAUGUCUUGUCUGACUGCUGCCUUUUGAAAGCCGCAGUGUUUGUGCAUUCAUAGCAGCUCACAGCAUAAUACCUGUUGACUUUAUUUUGUAAAAUUAAGUUAGAGAGGAAAGUAAUGGAUUUUCGGUGUAACUGUCCUUUAUAAUUUAUAUAAAAUGUAUUAUUUUCCUAUAUCCUUGCACCUUUUCUGCUAAUUUACAGAUUUGAGUUUUUCUUUUGUUAUAUAAGAUGUCAGCCACAGAUCUGUUAUGUAAAAGACUACGUGUGAUAAGAAAGGAUAUAUUGUUAUGUAUUUAUAGUCUAGCAUAUACUACAAUAAAAUAAAAUUGCUGGAGUCAGGA